AAAAAGACUGAAACCUUUUGUACUUUGCUGCAGCAGUCCAUUAGUACUAUGAAUAUAGUUGUUCAGCAAUGCCUGAAGGUCAGUGCCCCAGCUCAGAUUUUACCUUCAUUUCUUGUAUCCUGCACAACCACUGUCCUUGAAGCAGAGCUCAGUUGCCAAGAUAAAAUCAAAGCUCAGAACAUUGACUUUUACAAAUGCUUCUGCUUGCAAAUUCUGAGAGAACUUCCAUAUGCCGAGAAACAAACUCUGUUUCUGAAAGCUGCCUUUCGCUAUUUGGCAUCUGCUAUUACUGUAGAAGAAAUCUAUGCGGCCCAACAAAUGCUAGUCACCUCUAUAUUUAAUUCUGUGAAAAAGCUGCUAUCUAGUCCCUGGAUCAAUAAUGAGAUUGUUCAGAGUGUAGAAAGGGAGCUAUAUGACUUAUUCAGUCAGAUGAUGGAGUGCUGUAGCUGUGAAGAAUUUAACACAGUUCUACAAUCUACACUUCAAGGACUAGAAGUCAGCAAUCUGUGGGAAAACAACAAUAAGGAAAUUGUUGCUGGCAUCACAAUAACCAAACUGCUACUUGAUUGUCCUUUAAAAGAAGACAAAGGAAAAGUGUUCUGGUUUACCGCCUCCCAGAUUAUGACAGCACUUGUUACUCUUGGCAAUGAAGCUUGCAAGGACCGUUCACUGCUCUCUGAUAUUGUUGUGCCUGUAAUAGACACUAUGGCCUUGUUACUGAGGCGUGGAGAGAUGUUUCUGAUUAAUCCUCACCAUGUGACUCUUUCAUUCAGAACACUGCUCACUGUGCCUCUGGAUCACUUGAAGAUUGAAGAAUACUACAGUAUAUUCCUGGCAGUGCAUGAAGUGCUGUUUUCAAUACUGCAGUGUCAUUCCAAGGCAAUGCUAAAAUCAGUUGCACCAUUCUUGAGCACAUUCCAUAGAUUGGUUUCAUCUGCCAUGCAUGAGGGACAACAAAAAGUAGAGAAAGGUACAGGUCAUGAAUUGGAAAUCGUAAUGAAAUGCGCACAAUUGGUGGAACGAAUGUACACUCAUAUUGCAGCUAAAACAGAGGAAUUCACUGUGUUUUCUGCUUUCAUGGUUUCACAGUAUGUUAAUGAGCUACAGAAGGUUACACUUCAACCUGCUGUGAAGAAGCAUCUCACAGGAGGUAUUUUUCACAUAUUGGACCUGUGUAUUGACCGUGAUAUCAAGUUCCUAAAUGCAUCCCUACAAAUGGGAGUGCGAGAAGUAUUCAAAGAACUGUACCAGGAAUAUACUCACCAACACAAAACAAGAAACCAAGUAGAAGAAAAAUAUACAGUGUUAUAA